AUGGGUACUACGUUGCUCUAUAGUACGUCUUUCCAUCCGCAGACGGAUGGGCAGACAGAACGGACAAAUCAGAUAUUAGAGGAUAUGUUGCACGCUCUUGCCAUGGAAUGUCCGGUUUAUUGGGAUGAUUUCACCGAAGCGGUGACCUUGGGACCUGAAUUGUUAUUUCAGAUGACUGAAAAAGUGAAGUUGAUAAGGGAUCGUUUGAAAGAGGCACAUGAUCGUCAAAAGUCUUACGCUAAUUUAAAGCGACGACCAGAAGAGUUCAUCGUGGGCGAACGGUUGAGCCCUCGAUUCAUAGGACCAUAUGACAUUUUGGAAGAGGUGGGUAAGGUGGCGUAUCGGUUAGCCCUUCCAAACUCCUUAGAAAAGGUACAUGACGUAUUUCAUGUGUCGCAACUUAAGCGAUAUCAUGCCGCAGCCUCUCACGUCCUAGAUCCCGAACCCUUAGAUUUGGAUACAUCCUUGUCUUACUCUGAGCAACUGGUUAGAAUCUUGGACACGAAGGUCCGUAGUACGCGACGGAAGGAUAUAUCUAUGGUAAAAGUCCUGUGGUCAAAUCACGAGCGUGAAGCGGCUACAUGGGAAACGGAAGACUCUAUGUGA